AUGCCAUCCACCAAGUCGAAAGAUUUCCUGUUCGAUCAGCCGGAACCCAAGUCUGUCAAAUCGCGAAUUCAUCCACCUGCACUGACGCCGUCCAGUCACAAGUCCAAGCCUUUGCUUUCUUCUUCCGACACGGACAGCGAGCCCGAAAUCAAGCCGGCUCCUAAACCCAAAGUCCGUGCAGAACCAACUGCUGCGAUCGUGAAGCGAAGGCCGAGUAUUCCGGAAAUCAAUCGGACGCCCGUCGAGCCGAAGAAAACGGUCGAUCGAUCCAACUCGUUACCUGUCAAGAAGAGUAAAAAAGAAUCGUCCAGCAAGUUGCAUCACUCGAAUUCAACUUCGGGCAAACUCAGCAGCCGGGGCGAAGAGAAAAUGGAAAACAUUUUCGGGCCGUUGUCGGACGAUUCGGAUGACCAGCAACCGAUAGCGCGCCCCGUGCCACCGACUCCUGCGCCAACGGUAACGAAUCCCAGGCUGCCUAUUGUCUACAGUUCGGAUUCGGAUUGCGGACGAAUCGCACCGCUCGUUCCUAAGCCGGAAAGUUUACCAUCUCCACCGCUGACGGACAAAGCGGACAAAACUGGCGACCGACAGCGCAAAAAGAAGUCGAAAGAAUCGCAUUCCAGAGAUCGCAAGAAGUCUGGAUCGAAGGAGACCAGCACAACCGAAACGACCAAUCACCAUCACAAGAGCCGGCCGAGUAUCGAAGCUACGAAAGAACAGCAAAGCGAUGGCGAAGAGCUACAAGAAGCUGGCCGAGCUCUCGAAUCGAAAUUGGUGGAAGAGUCUUUGAUUGCCAUUGCUCAUCUUGCUCAAAAAGAGAAGGAUAAAAAAGAAGCGGAAUCGAAGAUAAUUGCGGUCCAGCCGGCUGUCGUUGUUGUCGAUCAGCAGCAGCACAAGAAGAAGAAGAAGAAGAGCCGAAAGACUCACCGUGAAAACGGGCCGCCCCCACCACCGCCGGUGACGAUCAAAACGGAACCGGGUCUCGAUUUGCCAUCGCCUGUUAUGACAGCCUUAAGCAUCAAAACCGAACCGAGUGAUACGUGUCCAGCUCCGAUUGCUUCUUCUUCACCGAGAGUCAAACCAUUGCCGGAAGUUGUCCAUCGGCCGGAGCAUCAAUCUGUAGAGCCCAAACUCAGCAUGCCGUCUUUAUUAUGGGAACCAUCAACUUCCCCCGUCUUGGCUAAUCUACCAGUCGUCCCACCUCCGGUUGUUCCAGUUGAAAUUCCAACUCCGACCGUCGUCGCCGAACCAGUGGCCCGUCCAGGUAUUUGGAAGCAGGAGACGGAAGAUGCUGUCGCUGGAUUGCUCACUGAGACGUUUGACGAUUUCAAAGAAGAAAAAUUGGACGAAGAGCCGGAGGAGCCGGUUGAAAUUCCUGACCCGGCAUCUCUGGUCCGGCCAACAUGGCCACCCGAACAAGAAGAGUCUCCUCAGCCUAACGAGGAGGCUCAAAAGGCUAUCCAAAGUUUGCAGUGUGAGAACGAUUUGGACAUCUCGGACGAGAUGAUUAUCGACGAAGCUGGAACAAGCUCCACGGAAGAUACAGCCGGACCGACAGAGUGCCCUCUUUAUUCCGGUUCUAGCUCCAGCGACGUUGCAGAGGUGGAGAGUCAGCGCGCGGCUCAUUUGUCUGCCGUCAGUAAACCGGCAGCCGUUGAAACAGCGCCGACUCCACCUCCUUCUCCGCCGGAAUUAUGCAUCGAUGAGACCAGAUGUCAACCGGAGAACGAGUCCAGCCCUCUCAAGGAAAAACCCAGGACCCCCGAUAUUAAUCUUUCUUCCAAAUCGCCUAGAACUCCUGAUUUGGAUUUGUUGGAUCGUGGCCGGACGGCUACUCCCGACUUGCCAUUGCCGUCGAUGCCUGUCGUCAACAAUGUCAUCGCCAAACCUGAACAGCAUUUUGUGGCCCAAAGUCCUUCCAAACGGACGAAGAAACCGAAUCAGACCCCGCCGACCAGAGGUGGGACCCGACGCGUUCGGGGACGAACAUCAGGGUCCAGUCGUGGCGUUAGUGAGAGCUCAUUAGAAGGUCACGAUGCGGACGUCUACGAAUUCUAUGACACGGAAGAGGAAGUGACUCCACCGGUGGCACCAACCCUACCGACUGUUUCUGUUCCACCACCUCCUCCUCCUCCACUUCCUCCACUUCCUCCAGCAGCACUUCCUCCAGCACAGACUCCACCUGCGCUCCCUGCUGUGCCUGAAACCGUUGAACAUAAGCCAUUUGAACACAAGACGUUGGAGGCCAAACCGGAGGAGAAACCUGUCGUGGACUUUGUCGCAAAUGUUCAAGAACCUCCUUCGAUCAAUCAUCACAUUCUGAAGAAAGAUUUCGAAGGGCUCAAAGGCCGAUUGAUUGAUCCCAGAACGACCAUCGACGACACGAUUGAAACUGUCGUCCGGGGUCAUCAUCAUUCACCUGCGGUGGCGCUGGCAACACCCAUGAUGCUUGCCGCCCCGUCCAGCCCGAGAAUUCAAUCGCCGAGGGCUUCGUACAUGAGCGGGCCAAUACCUCAACAGCGAGCGAUAGCUGAGACGCCUGGACCGGCAGUGAUGAAAGUUGAACUACCGCAACCCUUGAAGGAAACGGCCACUACAUUGAUAGAUCCAGUUACCGGACAUUUGACGCCCAUCCGGCGUCAUGACGAACCGCUACCAACUCAGCACGCUGGAGUUGUCGUUCGUCGGACAGAAGAACCGGUUGCAUCGUCGUCCACUGUCGUCCUCAAUCUGAGAUCGGGACCGUCUCAAGCCAGUCCAGUUGUCCAGCAUUCGACUCAGCCGGCCACGACGACACUCAUUCCGGCAUCGUUGGUCAAAGUGCCAUCGCCCACCACGUCGGGCGUAGCCAUUACGACGGCCAGUUUACCGGUCGUGACCAACUUGACCACGCCGUCUGUUAGUCAGCACAGCAGCUCGUCGUCUUCGGUGACGAUCACUCCGACUGUCACACCGGCCGCGACGGUUCUGGCGCCGAUGCAGAGUACAGAAGUUGCCCGUUUGCCGUCAGCUACAGUUGUUACACCCGUUCCCGCACGUCCGGCUGCUUCGUCUGGAUCGAGUUACCCGGCGGUGCCACUCACUAGAGACGCUCCUGCUCACGGAUUGCUGCUUCAGCAACAACAACAGAUGCAACAGCAACAACAGCAAGUUCAGCCUCAAGCUGGACCGAUUCAACAACAGGCAAUCCAGCAACAACAGCAGCAUCCACAACAACAACAACAGCAGCAGCAGCAACAACAACAACAACAGCCACAGUCACACACGCCACAAUUACAAUUGCCGGCCGGUGUGCCGGUGAGUUUGAGCGGCGGUGCUACGGUCAUCGCCGUGGCUAGUAGUGGACGAUUGAGCGGACCGGCUCCACUUCUGGGGCGUCCAACAAAUGCAACGACCCAGCAUUCAAUGCAGAGCCAAACAACUAUGGGAAGCACUGUGGUAAUCGCCAGAGCGACCGGCCCUCAACAGCAGCAGCAGCCGGCCAGCAGGGCGCAUCCAUCAAUGGCCAGCGUUCAAGCUGUUGUGCCUGCUUUAUCCGGUCUGUCAUCUCAACCUCAACGACCUCCACCGGCCGUUGUGACGCUUUACUCGUCAGGGGCGUACUCUUCGUCAUCGCAACCUGGUCCCAUCGUCUCGACACCCUCGUUGACGCGAACGCAGGUCUCGUCAUCAUCAACCGGUUCGAGCGUUUCGGUUCUUCCGGCAACAUCUCGUCCACCUCUGACAUCGUCGACGACCACGAGCGGCGUCUCGGUGUAUCCGAUUUACGGCCCGAGAUCCGAUUCGAUGCCAACGGCGGUAACGUCUGCACCUCCGGUGUUCGGGUCACCGAUGGCGAGUGCUCCAAUCCGAGUAUCCGUCACUUCGGUACCCACCAGUCGGGCUACGUUAUCAACCGCAGUCUCAACACCGUAUCGACCCGUUUACGCAUCCAACGAACCGCCAUCCCACCACUUUGCGGCGUAUCAGCACCAUCUAGUCCAGCAGCAACACUCGCCCAAUAUCACCGCAGCAGAGACCAGGAGCCGAGAAGAGACUGUCCGUCGAGCCAGCACUCCUUCUCGAGAAGAAACCGAAGUUCGCCAGUUGCAACAGCAACAACAGAUUCAGCAGCAGUUACAACAGCAGCAGCAACAACAACAACAACAGCCGAUUCAACAGCAAUUACAACAGCAACAACAACCGAUUCAGCAGCAGUUGCAACAACAGCAACAACAGCCGAUUCAGCAGCAGUUGCAACAACAGCAACAACAGCCGAUUCAGCAGCAGUUGCAACAACAGCAACAGCCGAUUCAGCAGCAGUUGCAACAGCAACCAAUUCAUCCGAUGUUGCGCGAAUUGCCAACACCUCCACCCGCGCACCAACAUUCUCCGAGUCAGACGGACAUGUCCCGCGUCAAUCCGCAGAUGUUGUUGCAACACCAGCUGUAUCAGCAAUAUUACGCUCGGUAUCCUGAUUUCGCAAGAAUUGGGACGUUCUCUCCUGGUCCAGCACCCCAACACGCACUGAAUCCAGCGGAAGCAGCUGAAUUGCAACGCGAUCCACGUGAACGGGCCGUUCCACCGCCAUCGCUGCCUUCUCAUCUGAGAGCUUUGGCCGCGGGUGGUGAACACCGCACCACCGAAUCGCCAUUACAAGGCUGCGUUGCAGUUCCAUUCUCUGUAGCCAAUACCAACGUGCAGCAGCAACAACAACAGCAAAUGUACCAACAACAUCAUCGUCCGGCUUCUUCGGGUUCGGCAUACCAUCAAACACCUACUGGUCACAUGCAGAUGGCACCACCAUCGCCGUCGCACCAACACCGCCAGACGCACGUCUACACUCACGAAGAAAGCGGCGGGUACCAUCCGUCUCCUCCACCAGCUCAUCUGAGUGUCACAGGAGUCAUGCAGCGAGUGAAUCCACCUUCUCAACCCACCCUGGCCUGUGAGGCCCCCUCGCCUGCCACGUCGUUAUCCGUUCGCCCUCCAGCCAUUCGAACCCCACCUCACGCGUCGCAGGUUCCUCCUCAAGCCGAUUCGUUGGUUAGCCUCCUGCAACGCUAUCCCAUCAUGUGGCAAGGCCUGAUGGCCCUCAAGAACGACCACGCCGUCGUCCAGAUGCACUUCAUCUCGGGCAACCCCCUGGUGGCACGAGGAUCGUUGCCGUGUAGUCCCGAAGGCCUGGCUUUGCCCUUACGCAUUGCCCAGCGCAUGAGAUUGGAACAACAACAGUUGGAAGGCGUGGCGCGUAAAGUUCAAAUGGAGCAAGAGCAUUGCAUCCUUUUAGCUUUACCUUGCGGUCGUGAUGCAAUGGAUGUCCUGCAGCAGUCCAAUAAUCUUCGACAGGGAUUCAUCACCUACCUACAAUUGAAACAGGCAGCCGGCAUUGUCAACAUUGCUGCCCCUGGUUCUCAGCAGCCGUCUUACGUUGUCCACAUUUUCCCGGCUUGCGAAUUUGCCAAUGAUAGUUUGGCUCGCAUCACACCAGACCUUCUUCACCGUGUGACGGACAUUGCCCACCUGCUCGUCAUCAUCGCCACUGUUUGAAAUCCUUAAACAUACUCCUUCAAGAAAACACACACACACACAAAGUAAAUAAUAAAAAAAUUAAAAUAAAAUAAAAAAAAAAAACCUUAAAAAAAAAACUAAAAUCUAAAAAAACAAAACAGCAUAGUUCGGAGAAAGGAUAAAAAUAAGUGGAAAGUAUCCGGAAGAGAAUCACACACUCCCUUUUAUUGUGGUCUUUUUGCUCAAUUCAUUCAGAAUCCAGCCCACUGUCUAUCUAACUUUACCUUUCUCUCUUCAUUGUUUCACCGUUUUCUCCUCGUUAUCAUAUUAAUCUAAUGUACCAUUUUCUCUCUUAUCAACACAUAGAAUGUUCGUUUCUGUCACACACUGAACUUUAAAUUAACGUCGAGCGAGUGUGUCGCAAAACAAUUUAAAAAAAAGAUAAUUCCUCCUCCCUAUUGACUGUAUGCUCGUGUCUUUUCUUCACAUUAAAAAAUUAAUAAAAAAAACUUUUGUUCUUUCAUCCCGCCCUGCUCCUCCUCCGGACUGUUGUGUAAAGACGCCUUUCUUUUCUGUUGAUUUAGUUUGUAUGUUUGUGUGUGUCCUGUGUGUAUGUAUGUAUGAGCGCAUGCGUGCAAAACCCCAAUCAUUUUUAAAUUGUAUAUGUUGCCACAACAAAAAUCAACAGUGUCAUUGACGUGAAUGAAUAACAAUUUACCUUUUUGAGUUCACUGAGUCUGUGAUCUCGCGCCGCCGCAUUGAUCCCUCCGCGCCGUGUAUAAUUGAAAUGAAUGGAUCGGUAUAAUUUUCUUUUUCGUUUUGAAUUUUGCUCUUUGAAACACACACUCCACACACACACACACACACACAGGCGGUUUUUUUUUUUUUUCCUUAUUUUUGUUUGUUUUUUCGUACAGCCCUCCCCCCACAUAAUGUAAAUUUUAUGUCUUGAAUUUCUCGGCCACAAUUUUGUCAUCAUCGAUUUACGUUUUGUACCAUAUUGUAUGCUAGAGAGAAGAUUGGAUUUCACCUUCUGGAUAAAGAAAACAAAAGAAGAUGAAAGCCCAGCGAGAAGCAUACGCCCCGGAAUUCAUCCGUCGGGGUAAUCGUUGUAUAGAGUUAACAUCCAUUCAGUACGCCCUUGUACAUAACUCAGUGGUCAGCAUGUAUAAAUACAUGUUUAUAAAUGUUCCA